GGAAAAAUGGCGGCAGAACCUGCAUUUGCAAGUAGAGCAGCAACUCUCUGCUUAAAAUGGCAAUCUUCUUCUUCAAUAAAUAGCAAUAAGUUUCAGACUAGUAAGCUCCUGUUAUUCUCGAGACUUCGCUCUUCUCAUUCUUUGGAUGACGAGAACAAGGACUACAAACAAUUGGGUUUCUUUUCAUUGAAAAAGAAGAUUGAAGAUGCUGUUCUCCGUGCUGAAAUGUCAGCUCCAACGGCACUAGAAAUUGAGGAAGCAAGACAGAUCAAGCAGGAAGAAAUGAUGCGUGAGUGCAACCUAUGGGAGGAUCCUGUCAAAUCUCAUGAAAUUCUUGGCAGAUUUGCUGAUAGUGCUAAAGCAAUUGAUGCUCUGAAAGACCUAAAAUAUAAGGCAGAAGAGGCAAAACUGAUCUCAGAGUUGGUAGAGGUUGAAGGCAUCAAUUAUCAACUUUUUGAUCAAGCAUAUAAUGCAUCUUUAGACGUGAACAAGUUCUUGGAUCAGUAUGAGAUGGCGAAGCUUCUUAAGGGGCCAUUUGACAAGGAGGGAGCAUGUGUAAUUAUUAAAGCUGGGUCUGAUGGCGUUAACUCUGAGAUAUGGGCAGAACAACUUCUGAAUAUGUAUAUUAAAUGGGCUAAAAAGCUAGGAUACAAAAGCCGGCUUGUUGAGAAGCAUCCUUCUGUGACUGGGUAUGGCGGUAUCCAAUUGGCAACUAUUGAGUUUGAAUUUGAGUGUGCAUAUGGCUAUCUUUCAGGAGAGAGAGGCAUUCAUCUCAUGAUAAAUUCUCAAAAUGGAUCUGUCCAUUAUGAGGAGAUCUCAGCAUAUGUUGAUGUUGUUCCUCUUUUUCUUGGAACGUCUGUUGACAUUGAAAUCGAUGAUAAGGAUUUAAUUAUCUCAUCCUUAUUGCUUAGAGGGGAGAAGAACUCAGCAGAACCUACAGUUUGUAUUCAGCAUAUUCCCACCAGCAUAAGUGUCCAGUCCUCAGGUGAAAGGAGCCAGUUUGCAAAUAAGAUAAAGGCCCUUAACCGAUUAAAGGCUAAACUCCUUGUUAUUGCAGAGGAGCUAAAACUAUCUGAUGUAAGUAGCAUCAAAGACACUAUUAUGGAUGUGUGUUACGCAGAGACUAGGAGGUAUGUGUCUCAUCCCUACAAGAUGGUACAAGAUGUAAAAACUGGCAUCCAAUUGCCUGACCUAAACUCUUUUUUGGAUGGAAAUAUUGAGCCUCUUAUCGGAGCUCAUAUUAGAAUUAGACAUACAAGCUAGAUGACAUUAUUACAUAUAUUUUUGUACUUGUGAUUUUGAGAAGCUAGAAUGGAAUCGAUAGUUAAGUUCAAAAUCAAGUUAUUAAUAAAAAAUUAUGUACAAGAUCACUU